AUGCCCAUCCCAGGGCCUGAUAUGGGCAUGGGAGAUGAGUUCUCCUUCCCGCAGCCUUAUGCAGGCUUUGUCUUAAAUGCGAUCAAGACUCUGGAGACUUGUUGGCAACCCUACAGUCAGGACCCUUCUGACCUGUACGUGCUGCCCACAGCAGUUGGGCUGGGACCUGCCCGGCUCCUUGACAUUGGGGCAACUCUGCAGUGCCCAGAAAACGUGGCUCCUGAGGAGGAUGUGGAACUGGAAAAGCAGGCUGUACUGACCAACAUGAAGCAGAAGUACCUGACUGCACUUUCAAACCCCAGGUGGUUACUGGAGCGCAUACCCAGGAAAGGCCAGUUUUCCACAAGAAAACAUUCAGACCAUUACCACCCUUACAGAACCUCAGCUCCUCUUUUCAUGAACUGA